UACACCUCUCCAGCACAAUGCUCUCCGGCCUCCUCUAGCUAUUUAUUCUUCCAAGCACAAGCUCGCUAGCUUCCGGGAGAUCAAGAACACUUACACACACACUUUUCCUCUGACAAAGAUCAGUAGAGGAUCGAACAUCGAAGGUGGUGCUGGUGAUCAUAUGGACUCCAUGGAAUCAUGCGUGCCCCCUGGCUUCAGGUUCCACCCCACCGACGAGGAGCUCGUCGGCUACUACCUCAGGAAGAAGGUGGCCUCCCAGAAGAUCGACCUCGACGUCAUACGCGACAUCGAUCUCUACCGCAUCGAGCCAUGGGAUCUCCAAGAACACUGCGGGAUCGGGUACGAGGAGCAGAACGACUGGUACUUCUUCAGCUACAAGGACCGCAAGUACCCUACGGGGACGCGGACCAACAGGGCGACCAUGGCCGGGUUCUGGAAGGCCACGGGGAGGGACAAGGCCGUGCACGACAAGAACCGGCUCAUUGGCAUGAGGAAGACGCUCGUCUUCUACAAGGGCAGGGCGCCCAAUGGGCAAAAAACCGAUUGGAUCAUGCACGAGUACCGGCUCGAGACCGACGAGAAUGCGCCGCCGCAGGAAGAAGGCUGGGUGGUGUGCCGGGCGUUCAAGAAGAGAACGGCGUACCCCGCACGCAGCAUGGCGAUGGCAUGGGACUCCGGCUACUCCUACCGCGAGGUCAGCGCCAUGGGCGCGGCGGCCGCAGAGGCGGCGGCCUUCGUGGACCCCAACGUGGCGUACGCGCAGAUCAGGCGGCAGUCCAAGAGCGCGCGCUUCAAGCAGGAGGCCGAGCUGGACGGCGCCGCCGCGUUGCUGCAGUACUCCAGCCACCUGGUCGAGCUGCCGCAGCUCGAGAGCCCGUCGGCGCCGCUCGCGCCCAACCCGAGCCAGGCGUCGUCGGCCGACGAGGUGGACGGCGCCGACAGUGGCAGGCGGGGCAAGAAGGCGCGGUCCGCGGACAAGAUGGCCACGGACUGGAGGGCGCUCGACAAGUUCGUCGCGUCGCAGCUCAGUCCCGGCGGCGGCAGCUUGGAGGCCACGGCGUCGGCGGCCGCCGCCAAUAAUGUGGGCUCGCAGCUGGACCACGGCGAGGAUGAUGACAUGGCGGCAUUGCUGUUCCUCAACAGCGACGGGAGGGAGGAGGCGGAGAGGUGGACGGGGCUGCUCGGCCCGGCCGGCGGGGACGGCGGCGACUUUGGACUCUGCGUGUUCGAGAAAUGAGUGGAAGGGGGCGGCGAGCCGUGCGCGUGCGCGGGCACGCGGUGGCGCGGAUGCAUGCAUAUGGCCAUAUGGGGAUGGUGCAUGUGUUAUAUUAUAUGGUUAUAGCUGAAAUUAAAGUUGGUGCUCUCUUUUUUUUCCCCAUCUCUUCUGCUUCCCUAUGUAUGUUUCUCAUCAACAAAUGUGAUUGUAAUGUUCAUCUGUCCCUGUGCAGAGUCAUAAGAUGCAUGGCAUUCA